AUGUUCGUGCGACUCAUGACGCUGAACGAUGUCCGUCCUGCUCCACCCUUCCCUUAUACGUCAGGCAAACGUUAUGCCACAUCAACCUUACUACGUCAUUCCAUACCGAGAACUGCUAUAUUCCGCGCACAACAUCCGGACGUCGAAGAGGUUCUUGUCUGUGGAUACAUGCGCACAAGGCGAGUGCGCACCGAAUACCACCCGGGCCGUGCUGAAGAGUCAAGCUCCGGGAUACAGAGGAAAAGUUGA